CCGGUUUUGAUGAUGUUUUGUAAAGUUUUGCUGAAUAAAUGUGAUUUUUCACCGUAAAAAAGGAGUGAAGAAUAAGCCAUGUUGCAUGAAGUAAUUCUUGCCCUUAGUGGGUGUCCGGGCAGCAUAUUUGUUAUGAAUGAAAAGUUUGACAUCAGGCUCGUCCCAGACCUCCCUUUCAUUAGUCGCACUGAGGAGGAGCUACUUAACAGAUUAUGUGAACUUGGGAGCUAUUACUACAGAUUUCAAGAAUUUAUCCGGAAAAAUAGUGGCUGCCCAGCUGUGACAAAGAUUCCACCUCCAGAAUCAAGUUGUCUUCAGCCAGGCCUUUACCUAAAAGCAUUUUGUGAUGGCCUUGAUUCAGUGCUGGAUCCCUACAGGAAAAGUUUGUUGGAUAUUGAACAGAGCGUCCUUGCUGACCCACACUUGACAGUUGCAUUUGUUCAGAGCUCUUUAGAUGAAUAUCGACACAUGUUCCCCUUCUUGGUUUCAAUCUUGGAACAGAUCUCAUCUCAAAAUGCCCAUGGUUGUCACAUUUUGGACAUCUUGCACAAAAACUCCUCGCAUGGUUUACCUAUAGUCAAAGCAGCAUUACAACAAAUUAUCUUCACAUGUCAUGGUGUUCUGUACAAACAGCUUGCAAGCUGGAUGCUCCAUGGUUUGCUGCUUGAUAAGCAUGAGGAGUUUUUCAUCCAGAUGAUUCCAUCAACUGCUCCGAAGCAGGAGAUCCAGGCAGAAGAGGAUGAGCUUGGACUAAGUGGCCUGAGUGGGAAGAUGCUGCAGCAGAUGUUGCAAAUUGACAAAGGCAUUGGUGUGAUGCCGACAAAUGAACAAUUUUGUAUUCGUGGAGAACUGUUACCAUGCUACAUCCCAGUGCGAGUGGCUGAAAAGAUUCUAUUUGUUGGCGAGUCAGUACAGCUAUUCCUCAGUGAGAGAAGGGUCACCACAAUGAAAAAAGCAGGAUCUUCAAUUCUUAAGAACAAAGAAGUGGUGUUUGCAAAACAGCUUCAUGAGUUAUCCAGAGAGAGCGAGUUCAGCCUCAGAGAAUUUGAGGAGUGCAUUGACAGAAUCAGGACUUGUGUAGCUGAGCAUCUCUGGAAACUUGUUGUUGAGGAGUCCAACCUGUUCGAACAGUUGAAGAUCUUGAAAGAUUUCCUCCUUCUCGGCAGAGGGGAAUUGUUCCUGGCAUUUAUUGACCAGGCUAAACAUUUGCUGAAGAUGCCACCAACCUCAACAACUCAGCAUGAUGUAAAUGUUGCAUUUAACCAAGCUGCCCACAACGUGCUAUUGGAUGAUGAUGAUCUCCUCCAGAAAUUUCAAAUGAUUGUUGAUGUCAAAGCUGCACCACCAAAAAAGCAAAUUAAGCCAGAUAUCACCUCAGAAAUCUCCCAGUUUGGCCCUCCAACAGCAGAGACUGGAUGGAGUUCUCUGAGACUUGAUUACAACGUGGAGUGGCCGCUGCACAUUUUGUUUACACCAGGAGUUCUAGACAAAUACAACACGUUGUUCCGGUUCCUGUUGGCUGUAAAGCGUGUUCAGCUGGCACUGCAGCAAUGCUGGUCACUCCAGAUGCAGGAGAAGAGAAGCAAGUCGUCAGAUCAGAGUGCUGCCAAGUGGCUGCUCAGGACACACAUGGCUUUCCUUGUGGACAACUUGCAAUACUAUCUACAGGUUGAUGUUAUAGAGUCUCAGUACAGUGUUCUUCUUGAGAAGAUCCAGGCUACUCGAGAUUUUGAGGCGAUCAGGCUUUCUCAUGAUCAGUUCAUCACAGCUUUGCUUGCGCAGUCUUUCCAACUCAUGAAACCGGUGUCCAACUGUUUGAAUGAGAUUUUAGAAAACUGCCAUAACUUUGCUCUCCUGGUGACCCAAGGUGACAAUGCUGGCCCCGAGUGGGAGAUUGAGCAGUUGGAAGUCAUUGCUAAGAGCUUCCAACGCCAGUCAAGUCUUCUUUUCCGCAUAUUAUCAAGUGUUCGCAGUCACCAGGCCAGCCCUCACCUAGCACAGCUUCUGCUGAGGAUCGAUUUCAACAAAUAUUUCAGUAUGUCUGGAGGACAACUGGGAAGCUACGGUCCUACCAGUCGAAGGUGAUGCAUGAGAUCAGAUGACAUCUACAUGUAUGGAGAUAAAGUUGCUGUCACUGUGGGUUUACAAAUAUGAUUGUCUCAGAAUGAUACUGUCACUAGAGCAAGGACUUUGCUUUGAACUUAUGAUGCACUUGAAAUUGGAAAACUGGACUGUUCAGUGAAGUUUAUAAUUACAUUUACAAUGCCUUGGACGCAUCGUCAUGACAUCAACAUUGGUAAUGAAAAAUGUGUUACCCCCAAACCAUUUCGAGUUCGUGUUGCAAGCGAGGACUGCUAACUCUGUAUUAAUUCCUUAAACCAAUGCUGUUAAAGUGUAUAUUGUUAAUGAUCCGUCACAACUUAUUUCUAAAGGUGUAGAUGAAUCUUAAAGCCUCAUUAUUGACUGACUAUAAUAGGGUGCAGGCACCCUGAGGCUUGUGCUGUAAAUAUGUACAUACAGUUAUCAAUAAACAUUCA